AUUCUGAAGAUGGAUUUUAGAAUUAUUAAAUGGAUGAUAACUCUCGUAGUAUCAUCAACGAUAUACGAAACAACCCACGGACAUGAUUACUGCCAUAGUUAUCAAGUGAUUAAUGACAGGACUAGGGCUGCUGGUCUCGCAAGGGGCAAUGUCCUUAGGUGCGAUCAGCGAGAUAUUCCAACCGCCAGAUGGUAUCGUUUUACUGGAGCGGCUGGCACGCAGAUGCCGACAAAGUGUGUGCCCAUUAACCGUUGUGGAACCCAUGCACCUGGAUGGCUCAGCACAUCACAUCCAACUAGAACUGGGCAAAUCAUCAAUGGCAAAGCAUGCUUUCACUGGUCCGGAAACUGCUGCCGGUGGUCGGCAAAUAUCAUGAUAAAGAAAUGCAAUGGCUUCUACAUUUAUAAGCUUGGCAGAACACCAUGUUGUUACCUUCGCUUUUGUGGGAAUGGAGGCUUUGGAGACGAUGGCUGCACUAACUACUUACAGUUAAACGAUAGAACCAGAGCUGCUAGUGUUCCUCGGGGAAAUAUCCUUAAAUGUGACCAAUAUGACAUGCCCGGGGAUCCAAAGUGGUACAGAUUCACUGGAGCAUCAGGACAAAUGAUGGCCACCUCCUGUGUUCCUAAGCAUUACUGUGGAACGCAUGCUCCGGGUUGGUUGAGUGGAGCUCACCCAACAAGUGUGGGGCAAAUUGUCAACGCCAGAGUCUGUUUUCACUGGGGAGGAAGUUGCUGCAAUUGGAACACUAAUAUCCAGAUCAAAAAAUGUAACGGGUUUUACGUUUACAAACUUCACAAGACCCCUGUCUGUUGGCUUCGCUACUGUGGAAAUGCAGGAUUCGAUGUAUGCAAGGUAAGCAAUCCUUGUAAGCAUGGUGCCACAUGUGCUCCCAAAAAUGGUGGGUACACAUGCAACUGCAAGUCAGGAUAUCAUGGUGUCAACUGCGAGCACGAUGUAAACGAAUGCAACACCAGACCCUGCCGUAACGGUGGAACCUGUGAGAACUUACCAGGAAGUUACAGAUGCAAGUGCAAACCAGGAUUUUUAGGGAAUCACUGCGAGAUCGCGUAUGAUGAAUGCAGGCACUACCAAGUUCUCAGUGACAGACAGCGAGCUGCUGGAGUUCACAGGGGUAACAUCCUUAAGUGUGACCAAAGGGACCUUGUAACACCCAAAUGGUACAGGUUUACCGGAGCAGCUGGCACCCAGAUGCCCACGUCAUGUGUUGCGAAACAUUACUGCGGAACUCAUGCACCGGGCUGGUUAGCGGGUUCACAUCCGACAAGAGUUGGUGAAGUUGUCAACCGUAAGGUUUGUUUCCACUGGGGUUCCAAUUGCUGCAACUGGAAUGCCUACAUUCGGAUAAAGAGGUGCAACGGGUUCUACGUGUACAAGUUGGCCCGGACUCCUGUAUGUUGGCUGCGGUAUUGCGGGAAUGCCGGUUUUG